AGGCUUUGUGGUGACACUGAUAUCUCUCUAGUCUCUACACCUCUUCUCUUCCCCUUCAUAUAUUGCUUUCUUUCUCCCUUUGCUUCCCUGCAAAUAAUAAGAAAGGAGAAAAAAAUUGAGGAAAAAAAAGAUCACUUGGAGCCUUGAAAAGCAGCAACCAAAAUUGAUGCUUGGGGAGCAUCCAUUGGAGAGGCCCCAAAGCAAGAAUCUUUUUCAUUGAUCACUGCUGUUUGUUAUAUAAAAGAUCGAUCUUUUGGUUGUUAUUUGCCAAGAUGGAGAAGGGAGGUGCUUCGGUUUCCAUGGAUGCGGCGGCGAGCAUGGACAUGUGGGACUGGGAGGUCCUGCCUGACCAGCUGAGCUCAUCCUCCCAUGGCGGCGGCGGCCAUGGCCGCAGAGUUCUUGGUGCUCAAGAAACCGAGGAAUCGAAUCUUGACGCCGCCGCCGCCGACAUGGCCGUCGACGACGAGUGCAAGGACAUCGGCGUCGACGUGGCCGUGCCGGCCGAGACCAAGACGAGCCAAGAAGAGACCAUGGCGGCCAAGGUAACAGAGGAGGAGGAGGAGGAGGCGUUCCAGGGCUCCGAUGCCAAGGUGGUCGACGGCGACGACGACGGCGGCGGCGAGGAGGAGGAGGAGGAGGAGGAGGAGGGGAAGAAGGCGGGGGCGGAGUGCGUGGUGUUCAGGGUGGGGAAGCUGCGGGUGAACGGGAUCGGGGCGCUGUGCUCGUUCGGCGUCGCCGCCGCCGCCACCGUCUGCGUCUUCCUCGUCGGCGGCAGGCUGCAGCACCACCACCGGCAGCAGCAGCAGCACAAGAUCCAGCUUCAGCUCUAUGGCGAUGACAAGAGAAUGCAGCAGGUUGUGCAGCAGACAUCAAGGCUGAACCAGGCAAUGUCAUCUGUGAUGGGAGGGGGUGGCUCAACUAGGGCAAACAUAUCGUUUGGUGGCUACUAUGAGGGCUUUUGAUCAACCAAUUAAUUAUUACAAUGUGUAUGGUCAAGUACAAUUAAAGUUGCCAUUGUAGCAAGUAGCAACUUAAUUUGAUAUGGCACCCUACUCCCUAGUGGCCUUCAUAUAUGCUGCAAUCACCUUAGCUAUGUGUUUACUACGUGUACACUAGAUGUAAAUAAUUGGGUUCUUAGACCUUAGCACAUAUAGAUGAUGAGGAUGGAAUUAUAGAUUUAUUAAGAUGAUAGUUAAGGAAAAUAACAAUUGUUUGACUUGUGCCUGAAGUCAAAAUAGGUUCAUUAAUGAUGGAGAAGCUACUUUACUGAAGAUGAGUUGUUUUUGAUUGGUGAACUGGUAACAAUAACUGAACAAGUUGGUGUUUUUCAUGUUA